AAAAAAAACGACUCGUCGACGCACUCGCGAUUUGUGCAGCGCUGCACUCGUGACGCGCGUCGACGCAUCCGCGCUGGCGUGAAAAAAUACGCCCUUCACAAUGCGAAACGUUUGCGUGGCGUCACAGACCGGCGAGUGUUUGUCGGAGCUCGCUUGACGACGAAAUCAGAGCGUCGAGGAGGACACAUUGAGGCACGAAACGCCGGUCGUGAUCUCCGACACAAAGAUGAUUUCACUGGCUAACGUAGGCGCUCACACGGCCUUGAGCGCUGCAGGCGAGCCCGUUCAAAUCGCUGCGUUGCCGUCGGAAAUUGUCUCGCGGGGGGUUUCGCUCUGGGUGGAACGAAACCAACAAAAACGGAACGACGAGCGGGAGAAAGAAAAACGGGAAAACCGAAACAGAAAUAGCGUCAACACACCUGCACGUGGCGCGUCGGAGAUAAGCUGAACAUAAUGUCAGGAGUGGAAAAGAUUCGGACCAAGGAAUUCUGGAGGGCCGUGGGAGCGGAAUUCCUGGCCACGCUCCUAUUUGUGUUUCUCGGACUGGGCUCCACCAUCGGUUGGCACGAUGCGGCUAGCGGAACAUCUCCCACCCCGCCUCCAAACUCGGGCGGUCCUCCUCUGCCAGACCACAGGGUCCUCAUUUCGCUUUGCUUCGGUUUAACCAUCGCCACCAUGGUGCAAUGCUUUGGCCACAUAAGCGGCGGACACAUCAACCCCGCCGUGACUCUGGCGAUGCUCGUGACCAAGAAAGUCAGCAUAGUAAAGGGGGCGUUCUACGUGGUGGCCCAGCUCGUGGGCGGUAUCACAGGUUCCGCACUCCUGUACCUCAUCACGCCUGAAAAACGAAGGGGGACGUUGGGUGUGUGCACGGUGGGUGAGGAUAUCAACGAGGGGCUCGGCCUACUGGUGGAGCUGCUCUUAACGUUCCAGCUGGUCUUCACCAUUUUCGCCACGUGCGACUCCAAACGGACAGACCUGGGUGGAUCUGCUUCCUUUGCGAUUGGUCUGUCCAUAACGAUUGGUCACUUAUUUGGGAUCCCUUACACCGGAGCCAACAUGAACCCUGCUCGUUCCUUCGGUCCGGCACUCGUCAUGCUGAGCUUCGAUCAGCACUGGUUGUACUGGAUCGGGCCCAUCCUGGGCGCCAUCAUAGCGGGACUCCUGUACGACUACCUGUUCUGUCCGGACUGCUGCAAACCAAGUCCGGGGCAGGUGAUUCCCAAGGCCCAAACGGGCACCUACAAGGAGGUGGACAGGGACGGGCCGGACUCCAUGCAGAUGGUCAAGAGGAAGAAGAGGACCGAGAGAAAAGACCCUCCGCCGACCAGAGAAGUGCUGUCCACCGUCUGACGAGCCACGUGCGCUGGAAACGGACAGCAACGUGCACGAGAACGACAACAGAUUUGCCUUUCGUCUUCAGUCCCCGACCCCGCACCGCCGAUGCUUUCAGAUAAUUCACCCUCGGAUGCGUUUUCACUCCAACAGGCUUUGCGCACUGAACAAUUUCGAUGACGUGUUCCCGCGUAGCUUCGCUGGCAGCCGAAAAGACAGUUCUGCGGCGCGAGCGAGCGUGGGAGGUCCACCGUCCGCGUAGGAUCUUCUGGGCGGCGACGUCGAUUGAGUGAGGAAGAAAAUGCGGCCUUGUUGUUUUUGGCACGAGUGUCACAUGAGCCCAUGCAAAGUGCAUGUCGUGUAUAAAAGUGUAUUACUGAAUAUAAUGCUCUCUAUUUUCAGUGCAUAGCUGUAUGCACUCAUGGAAAACGCACUGUUUGUAAAAAUGUUCAUUUUUGCCUAUUCACUGAAUAAUUGCACUUCAUACUAAUAUGCUUGUAAUAAAUUCUGCGCACUGGUUUUCUAGUUAGCACAUCUAAAUAUAAAAGAUGAAGGACCUGAUCUGGAAUUGGUGCUAUGAGAAUUUUUAUGUAAGAUAUGAUAAUAAAGUUUG